ACCCGGGAGGGCCACGGCCACCGGAAGAGUCGCCGUCGCUAGCCGAUCUAGGAGAGUGGGGAGCGGAAGCAGCGGCCGCGGCGGCGGUAGGCGGCGCUGGGACCCGGGAGAGGCCGGAGAACAAGGGAGCUGGCUCUGUGGCUAGCCGUGGAGCUGCGCUGAGCCACUGGGCCGCGCCAAGCGCCGCCGCCGCCCGAGAGGCCCGGCCCGGCCGCCGGGCCCGAGGCCGGAGCCAUGGGCGAGACCAAGAUCAUCUACCACCUGGACGGGCAGGAGACGCCGUACCUGGUGAAGCUGCCCCUGCCCGCCGAGCGCGUCACCUUGGCGGACUUUAAGGGCGUUCUGCAGCGACCCAGCUAUAAGUUCUUCUUCAAGUCUAUGGACGACGAUUUCGGAGUGGUGAAGGAGGAGAUCUCAGACGACAAUGCCAAGCUGCCCUGCUUCAAUGGCCGGGUGGUGUCCUGGCUGGUGUCAGCUGAGGGCUCACACCCAGAGCCAGCUCCCUUCUGUGCUGAUAACCCAUCGGAGCUGCCACCGCCCAUGGAACGCACAGGAGGCAUUGGGGACUCCCGGCCCCCCUCCUUCCACCCUCAUGCUGGAGGGGGCAGCCAGGAGAACCUGGACAAUGACACAGAGACGGACUCCUUGGUGUCUGCCCAGAGGGAGCGGCCGCGCCGGAGGGACGGCCCAGAGCACACAACCCGGCUAAAUGGAACCGCAAAGGGGGAACGGCGGCGAGAGCCAGGGGGUUAUGACAGCUCAUCCACCCUCAUGAGCAGCGAGUUGGAGACCACCAGCUUCUUUGAUUCAGAGGAGGAUGACUCCACCAGCAGGUUCAGCAGCUCCACAGAGCAGAGCAGUGCCUCACGCCUGAUGAGAAGACAUAAGCGGCGACGGCGGAAGCAGAAGGUUUCCCGGAUUGAGCGGUCCUCAUCCUUCAGCAGCAUCACGGACUCCACCAUGUCCCUCAACAUCAUCACGGUGACUCUCAACAUGGAAAAGUAUAACUUCUUGGGCAUCUCCAUUGUGGGCCAAAGCAAUGAGCGCGGUGACGGAGGGAUCUACAUUGGCUCUAUCAUGAAGGGUGGGGCCGUGGCUGCUGAUGGACGCAUCGAGCCAGGAGAUAUGCUGUUACAGGUAAACGAGAUCAACUUUGAGAACAUGAGUAAUGAUGACGCAGUCCGGGUACUGCGGGAGAUUGUGCACAAACCGGGGCCCAUCACCCUGACUGUAGCCAAGUGCUGGGACCCAAGUCCACGUGGCUGCUUCACGCUGCCCAGGAGCGAGCCCAUCCGGCCCAUUGACCCUGCGGCCUGGGUCUCCCACACUGCAGCCAUGACUGGCACCUUCCCUGCCUACGGCAUGAGCCCCUCCCUGAGCACCAUCACCUCCACCAGCUCCUCCAUCACCAGCUCCAUCCCUGACACAGAGCGCCUAGACGACUUCCACCUGUCCAUCCACAGUGACAUGGCCGCCAUCGUGAAAGCCAUGGCCUCCCCUGAAUCAGGCCUGGAAGUCCGAGACCGCAUGUGGCUCAAGAUCACUAUCCCCAACGCAUUCAUCGGCUCAGAUGUGGUGGACUGGCUGUACCACAAUGUGGAAGGCUUCACUGACCGGCGAGAGGCCCGCAAGUAUGCCAGCAACCUGCUGAAAGCCGGCUUCAUCCGCCACACUGUCAACAAGAUCACCUUCUCUGAGCAGUGCUACUACAUCUUCGGCGACCUCUGCGGCAACAUGGCCAACCUAUCUCUCCACGAUCACGAUGGCUCCAGCGGAGCCUCUGACCAGGACACACUGGCCCCGUUGCCGCACCCGGGGGCCGCCCCGUGGCCCAUGGCUUUCCCUUACCAGUACCCGCCACCCCCGCACCCCUACAACCCGCACCCAGGCUUCCCGGAGCUGGGGUACAGCUACGGCGGGGGCAGCGCCAGCAGUCAGCACAGUGAAGGCAGCCGGAGCAGUGGCUCCAACCGUAGCGGCAGCGACCGGAGGAAGGAGAAGGACCCGAAGGCCGGGGACUCGAAGUCGGGCGGCAGCGGCAGCGAGUCGGACCACACCACGCGCAGCAGCCUGAGGGGGCCGCGGGAGCGGGCGCCCAGCGAGCGCUCGGGGCCCGCCGCCAGCGAGCACAGCCACCGCAGCCACCACUCGCUGGCCAGCAGCAUGCGCAGCCAUCACACGCAUCCGAGCUAUGGCCCCCCCGGCGUGCCCCCUCUCUACGGCCCCCCCAUGUUGAUGAUGCCCCCACCGCCCGCGGCCAUGGGACCCCCGGGAGCCCCUCCAGGCCGUGACCUGGCCUCGGUGCCCCCUGAACUGACCGCCAGCAGACAGUCCUUCCGCAUGGCCAUGGGAAACCCCAGUGAGUUCUUUGUGGAUGUGAUGUGAGCAGGGCCCCUCCCCCACUUCAUCCCACCCCUAACCUGGCUGGCUGCGUCCCUCUCUCCAAAUGUCCAGUCUUUUUUACUUUGUCUGGUACCUGAAAGGGAAAUAAACGGAACUAAAUCUAGGCGCGCUAACUGCUCGCUGGGCUCAGCGAGGGCGGGGCGAACCCACCCAUCGCUAAUGCAGCCCCUAACCUGCCACCAGCCCCAGCCUGUCCCUCUGAGCACUAAUCGCUGCCCAGGACUUCCCAGGAUCCUUGAUGUUCCUGGGACCCGACUUGCUGGUGCUGCUUCUUACUCCAUUCACCCGAGCAUACGCUUGAGGAAUUGACCGGAGCGGUGCCCUUGAGGGCCUGCUGAGCCGCGUAUCCCCCACCUUUUCCCCCAACUCAGAUCCCUCUCACCAUUCAUUCAGCUACACCAUCUCACUAGUAACCUCAUCUCCUUGAGCAUGUGUGCCAAUUUCUUGACUUUCACCCACAGUGCUAACACCAAAAAACCAAAACCUGUUUUAUCGGCUCCUCCUAAUUGUCCCUUGCCUGCUGCCUAACUGUCCCUUGCCUGCUGCUUGUACCCUACAGCUGUGGUCACCUUUAGUAACAAUCCAUGCUCUUGCCUGUGCUGAGCCCUUACCAGAAGCACAGUGGGAGCUUUAGUUGCCUGAUCUGCUAGUGGCUUCCAGGAAGCAUCUAUGCUCUA